CUUCUUUACCUUACUUGACCACACAUAGUCUAUGCCCAAGAUGAAGUCCUUCUUCCAGCUCGCCGCUGCCGCGGCCUUUGCCGUCAACAGCGUCGCCGGCCACUACAUCUUCCAGCAGUUCUCGGCUGGCGGCACCAAGUACCCGCCGUGGCAGUACGUGCGCCGCAACUCCAACCCGGCCUGGCUCCAGAACGGCCCCGUGACGGACCUGUCGUCGACCGACCUCCGGUGCAACGUGGGCGGCCAGGUCAGCAACGGCACCGAGACCAUCACCAUGAAGGCCGGCGACCAGUUCACUUUCACUCUCGACACUGAUGUUUACCACUCAGGGCCUACCUCAAUCUACAUGAGUAAGGCCCCCGGUGCGGCCGCCGACUACGAUGGAAGCGGACCGUGGUUCAAGAUCUUCGACUGGGGUCCGUCCGGCUCGAGCUGGGCCAUGAGGGGCUCGUAUACCCACAACAUCCCCAGCUGCAUCCCUGACGGCGAAUACCUUCUCCGCAUCCAACAGAUUGGGCUUCACAACCCCGGCGCUGCGCCCCAGUUCUACAUUAGCUGUGCCCAGGUUAAGGUGACCAACGGUGGCAGCAAGACACCAUCCCCGACUGCCUUGCUCCCGGGGGCCAUCAAGAGCAGCGAUCCUGGCCUGAAUGUCAACAUCUACAAUGGAGCUAUCACCAACUACGUCGUCCCGGGACCGCAAGUCUUCUCUUGCUAGUUGUGGUACUUGGUUCUGUCGGACGAGAGAGCUACCCCAGUAUAUGAGUUCUGUUUCUCUCUUUGCACACUCGGUCAGGAUCUGCACCAUAUUCGUUUCGGUGUCCGCAGCAAUUAGCAGCAGAGUCCCUACUCUGAAUCCGCCACUCUGGAGAAUUACUACAGUUGUCAACUACGGUUUUGCGCACAGGCACUUCUUAGCACCUUACUUGCCUCGCCCCGAGGUUGUCUCUGGCGAUCUGGAAUCACUCUCACUAGUAUUGCGGAAUGUCGAAACUGUAUUCCAAGCAGCGACGACAUCCGCAAAGUAAAUCAAAAUCAAAAUAC